AUGGACUCGUCAGGGACUCGUCAGGGACUCGUCAGGGACUCGUAUGGACUCGUCAGGGACUCGUAUGGACUCGUCAGGGACUCGUAUGGACUCGUCAGGGACUCGUAUGGACUCGUCAGGGACUCGUAUGGACUCGUCAGGGACUCGUCAGGGACUCGUAUGGACUCGUCAGGGACUCGUCAGGGACUCGUAUGGACUCGUCAGGGACUCGUCAGGGACUCCUAUGGACUCGUCAGGGACUCGUAUGGACUCGUCAGGGACUCGUCAGGGACUCGUAUGGACUCGUCAGGGACUCGUCAGGGACUCGUAUGGACUCCUAUGGACUCGUCAGGGACUCGUAUGGACUCGUCAGGGACUCGUAUGGACUCAUCAGGGACUCGUAUGGACUCGUCAGGGACUCGUAUGGACUCGUCAGGGACUCGUAUGGACUCGUCAGGGACUCGUAUGGACUCGUCAGGGACUCGUCAGGGACUCCUAUGGACUCGUCAGGGACUCGUCAGGGACUCCUAUGGACUCGUCAGGGACUCGUAUGGACUCGUCAGGGACUCGUAUGGACUCGUCAGGGACUCGUAUGGACUCAUCAGGGACUCGGACUCGUAUGGACUCAUCAGGGACUCGUAUGGACUCGUCAGGGACUCGUCAGGGACUCGUAUGGACUCGUCAGGGACUCCUAUGGACUCGUCAGGGACUCGUCAGGGACUCGUCAGGGACUCGUCAGGGACUCGUAUGGACUCGUCAGGGACUCGUAUGGACUCGUCAGGGACUCGUAUGGACUUGUAUGGACUCGUCAGGGACUCGUCAGGGACUCCUAUGGACUCGUCAGGGACUCCUAUGGACUCGUCAGGGACUCGUCAGGGACCCGUCAGGGACUCGUCAGGGACUCGGACUCGUAUGGACUCGUCAGGGACUCGUCAGGGACUCGUCAGGGACUCGUAUGGACUCGUCAGGGACUCGUAUGGACUCGUCAGGGACUCGUAUGGACUCGUCAGGGACUCGUAUGGACUCGUCAGGGACUCGUAUGGACUCGUCAGGGACUCGUAUGGACUCGUCAGGGACUCGUCAGGGACUCGUAUGGACUCGUCAGGGACUCGUCAGGGACUCGUAUGGACUCGUCAGGGACUCGUCAGGGACUCCUAUGGACUCGUCAGGGACUCGUAUGGACUCGUCAGGGACUCGUCAGGGACUCGUAUGGACUCGUCAGGGACUCGUCAGGGACUCAUAUGGACUCCUAUGGACUCGUCAGGGACUCGUAUGGACUCGUCAGGGACUCGUAUGGACUCAUCAGGGACUCGUAUGGACUCGUCAGGGACUCGUAUGGACUCGUCAGGGACUCGUAUGGACUCGUCAGGGACUCGUAUGGACUCGUCAGGGACUCGUCAGGGACUCCUAUGGACUCGUCAGGGACUCGUCAGGGACUCCUAUGGACUCGUCAGGGACUCGUAUGGACUCGUCAGGGACUCGUAUGGACUCGUCAGGGACUCGUAUGGACUCGUCAGGGACUCAUCAGGGACUCGUCAGGGACUCAUCAGGGACUCGUCAGGGACUCGUAUGGACUCGUCAGGGACUGGUAUGGACUCGUCAGGGACUGGUAUGGACUCGUCAGGGACUCGUAUGGACUCGUCAGGGACUCGUAUGGACUCGUCAGGGACUCGGACUCUUCAGGGACUCGUCAGGGACUCGUAUGGACUCGUCAGGGACUCGUAUGGACUCGUCAGGGACUCGUCAGGGACUCGUCAGGGACUCGUCAGGGACUCGUAUGGACUCGUCAGGGACUCGUAUGGACUCGUCAGGGACUCGUAUGGACUCGUCAGGGACUCGUAUGGACUCGUCAGGGACUCGUAUGGACUUGUCAGGGACUCUUUAGGGACUCGUCAGGGACUCGUAUGGACUCGUCAGGGACUGGGACUCGUCAGGGACUCGUAUGGACUCGUCAGGGACUCCUAUGGACUCGUCAGGGACUCGUAUGGACUCAUCAGGGACUCAUCAGGGACUCGUAUGGACUUGUCAGGGACUCGUCAGGGACUCGUCAGGGACUCGGACUCGUAUGGACUCGUCAGGGACUCCUAUGGACUCGUCAGGGACUCGUAUGGACUCGUCAGGGACUCCUAUGGACUCGUCAGGGACUCGUAUGGACUCGUCAGGGACUCCUAUGGACUCGUCAGGGACUCUCAUUCUGAUGGGACCCUGACUAUGUGGGGCGUGCGGUCUCCGGUGAAGCCUCUGCAGAUCAUCACUCCACAUGGGAAACAGACCAAAGACGGAAAGAAACAGGAGCUUUGUCGACCAAUCCUGAAAGUGGAAUACAAGAGCUCCAGGGCGGGGUGA